GAAAAGCGCCGGCCGAAGGGCCCGCGGCCGGGCCGCCAGGGUGAGCGCGCCGAGGCGGCUGAGGCGCAGGCUUCUAGUCCCCACCAUGCCGUGGCCCCUGCUGCUGCUCCCACUGCUGCUGCUGGCCGUGAGCGGGGCCCAGAUGACCCGGCCAUGCUUCCCCGGAUGCCAGUGCGAGGUGGAGACCUUCGGCCUCUUCGACAGCUUCAGCCUGACACGCGUGGACUGCAGCGGCCUGGGCCCCCACAUCGUGCCCGUGCCCAUCCCUCUGGACACAGCCCACUUGGACCUGUCCUCCAACCGGCUGGAGACCGUGAACGAGUCGGUGCUGGCGGGGCCGGGCUAUACCACGCUGGCAGGCCUGGAUCUCAGCCACAACCUGCUCGCCAGCAUCUCGCCCACCGCCUUCUCCCGCCUUCGCUACCUGGAGUCACUCGACAUCAGCCACAAUGGCCUGGCAGCUCUGCCGGCGGAGAGCUUCACCAGCUCGCCCCUGAGCGACGUGAACCUCAGCCACAACCGGCUCCGAGAGGUCUCGGUGUCUGCCUUCACGACCCACAGCCCGGGCCGGGCGCUGCACGUGGACCUCUCCCACAACCUCAUCCACCGCCUGGUGCCCCACCCUGCAGGGGCCAGCCUGCCCGCACCCGCCAUUCAGAGCCUGAACCUGGCCUGGAACCGGCUCCGCACCGUACCCGACCUCCGGGACUUGCCCCUGCGCUACCUGAGCCUGGAUGGCAACCCGCUGGCUGCCGUUGGCCCGGGUGCCUUCAGGGGGCUGGCAGGCCUCACGCAUCUGUCACUGGGCAGCCUGCAGGGGCUCCCCCAGCUGGCGCCCCAUGGCUUCCGUGAGUUGCAAGGCUUGCAGGUCCUGGACCUUUCAGGCAACCCCAAGCUCAAGUGGGCAGGAGCUGAGGUAUUCUCGGGCCUGGGCUCCCUGCAGGAGCUGGACCUGUCAGGCACGGGCCUGGUGCCUCUGCCUGAGAUGCUGCUCGUCCACCUGCCAGCACUGCAGAGCAUCAGCGUGGGCCAGGGCGUGCGGUGCCGGCGGCUAGUGCGGGAGGGCGCCUAUCCUCGGCAGCCUGGCUCUAGCCCCAAGGUGGCCCUGCACUGCGUAGACCCCCGGGAAAGGGCUGCGGAGAGCCCCAACGCUUUGUGACAAACGGUGUGGCCCGGGGCCGUCUGACACACUGCUGCCCUGGGCUUCCUCAGGGCCUGGGUAAUUUAUAUUUUCAUGUGCCAAUGCCAGGGGGCACCCUGCAGGCCUCUGUAGCAGUGCGGAAGAGAGCUGUGGACCUAGGGAGAGCUUUGGGGCUGGGGCCGACACCCAGGAGCAAAGUCUGGCCCCUCUGUCUGUGUUGCUCCCCAGACCAUAAGUAGAAGGUCUUAGAUGCCAAACCCAGACGGCAGUCCCCUGCCGUCCUUCCCCGUUUGUCCCCAAAGUGCCUUCCUUCAGGCCUGGGCCAACCUGACCUGUGACAGGGGGAGGGUGGAAGGGCGAUACUGCUGCAGAAAAGAGGUCAGGCCCACGGCUGAGCAUCCCCUUGGGCCCACGGUCCAGUCACUCAGGGGCGUGAGUUUCUUUUAUGAGGUAGCCCCCGCUUUGCCCUGGGCCCAUGAGGCCCACGUCAUCCUUUUCUUUUCCUCUAGAACGCUGGGUAGAACCUUAGUCAUAGAAGGGACUAGAGAAAAAAAUCAAGUGCACCUCCUCAUGUGACAGGUGGGGACACUGAAGUCCAGAGAGGGCAAAUGGCUAAUCUAAGGCACUAGAGCCAUGGAGACGUAACCGGCCCCAGCAUCCUGCCUCCCAGCGAGGCCUUUUGCACUUUUCUGUCUUCUCUAAAUCAUGCCCUCUGUCCCCUUCCUGGGCUCCCCCAUCCUGCCAUUUGUACCCUUUCCCUGUCGUCCCCAGGACAGGCAAGGGCCUCCGAGGUGGGACUCGGACCCGAGACCAGCUGUAUGGCACAGGUUAAGUGAGUUCACCUCAGAGCCUCUGGAAGCUUCAGGCAUGCCAGUCCCAGCCCUACCAGUUUCCCACUCUGCAGUGGGAUCCUCCAGCGUUGAGACUGGAAAUUCGUCCAUUGACCCCUGCGGUACUGCCUCUAAGUGCAAGGAGUUGAUGCAGUCCUGGAGCCCCAAGGGGCCUCCUGGACUCGUUCCCCACUGGCCCUGAGCCCAACAGCCUCUCUCACCCAUCUUUGGGCAGGUGGCAGGUACCCCCAUCAAUGUUUAUGCUCUCAGCUUCCCAGCCCUGGGCUCUUUCCUUUGUAUUUGUUCUAUAAAAGUUGUUGCCUUUGUAAUGGACUGUUACUUCAACCACCCUUCCCCCCACCCCUGCCGGCAGGGGAUGGAAACGUGUCAUUUGUAAAAGAAGAAAAACAUUGCAUUUGUUCACUUUUGUAAUACUGUGUCCUGGGGGUGUGCUGAGGGAGGAGGUGUUGGGGGGAAGCGUUUGGGCAUGAGGGGGCAUCAGGGGUCCCAAGGAGCCACCCACAGGACAAGGAGAGCUCUGUCCUCCCCCACUUAGCCCCACCCUACACCUAACUGAUCCUUGAUUUAAUAAACACUAUAAAGAGUC